UCUCUGCUCGCUCUAUGCCCGGCCUGUAUUUAUCGAUCUUAUCAUCUACACUCGUGUCGACUUUGUAAACAAGUUUGCGCACGGCUUCAUUGCAUGAUUGGUUGCUCAUUUAUUUGUUUGCUUAUGAGUGUGUGUGUGCGUGUUGUGGCGUGAGCACACGGGACGCAAACCGAGGUGCUGUCACCCGUAACGCGACACGCGCAACACGCGUGUGCCGCUGGCGACUUGCGAGUCUUGCAAGGAGCCGUCCUCCUUGUCAUCCGUGUAAAAGCUGGCAAGGGAAGGAAGAGAGCUCGUGUUGCUGAUGAGCAGGCAGUGCGCACAUAGGCUGUGAUCUGUCUAGAUUCGUGGUGAAUGCGUGUUGGGGUGGUUGAGCAAAAUAUAGGCCAUGCACUAAACCUCGCAAGCUGCAGGAAGGUUUUCUAGGCUUAAUAGCUAUUGGAUCCUGGUUGUCGGCUAUUCAUAGGGCGCAAGCUGUAGCGUGUACGUAUAUGCAGUGUUGGCUAUAUGUUGUGCAAACUGUAGACUGUGCAUAGCUCUAUGUAUAGGCAGGGCUAAAGCUUAGAGUGUGCUGGGCAAAAGGCUAGACAGUAUCCACUGCUGGCUAUAAGCUAUACACUGCACUGUAGUAUUCGCUUUAGUGUGGCAUUCUGUGUAAAGUGUAGAAUACACGUGAGCGUGGCAAUACGUGGUAUAACGAGCUGCUGUCUUUACACAGGGUCAAGAUCUAAGUCACACUUCGGACGAAUCGCAAGCAAAGGAGGCUGCAUCCUGAUUGUGAAAUUUCACUGUGUAGCUUUACAUUUGAAGUUACAGGCUGGAUAUGUUUAAUCGUUGCAAGUCGUGUAGCCUCUACGCUACAUAUGCACUGUGCAUUCUAUGCCUUUAAAUUGAACGUGUUAUGCAGGCAGUAGUCAGAAGUAGAAUAUCCAGUGCAGUACAUGUAUAUAUUGUACCGGGAAGUACAUACUGUAUAGUAUUUAAAUAGCAGUCUGUACGCGUGGGGUAGUUGGAGGUUUGCCUCGCCUAUAUAAUUGCAUCUUAUGCAUUACAGGUAAAUCGCAGUUUGUGCACACGCAAAAGUUGCAAGUUGUUAGCACGUUGUUAUUCUCUCUGCAGAAUUGUAUCCAUGUAACACCACACGCGUCUUACACGUGCAAGUUGUCGAGCCUGCACGCGGUGGCUAUACACUUUGUGUAGCCUAAGCAGCUGGGUUUUAGCCGCCGCUCUGCGUGAGCGAGUGAGUGGGUUUAAAUAAACACACCACACACACACACCACGGCAAUCCCAUAUAUAAUGUCCACAAUGGCCGAGGAAGAAUUCGAGUUUGGCCAGCAGGAGGCAUCCGCUGAUUCCGAACACGCGAUUUGCCCGGUCGGCCUCAAGGUGUCCCGACUGUCGCCGGUGCCGAAACGCACGCGCGGCUCUGAACAGAAGCAGCAGCAGCAGCAGGAAGAAGAAGAGUACGAAGCAGCAGCAACAACAGCAACAGCAGCAGCCGCAGCAACAGCAGCAGCAGGACAACAUCCUCGGUACUGAGUCGACCGCGACACCCCGACGCCGAGUUCUGUUCGCCGACGCCGCGGGCUUUCGCCUCUCCCGCGGGGACUCGAUGGAGAAAGUCGCAGACGAGCGCGGGGAGGACUGCGGCCACUCUGGACCCGCGUGCUCCGUCGCCCCGAGACCCGACUUCGCGCUCGCCGGCUCCACGUCGGAGCUUCUGGACGCGGUGCGCAAGCAGAAGGUGGCUCUGGAAGAGCUCGCGGUGUCCGAGUCGGGCGCCGUUCUCGGCACGGUGCGCGUGCACGGCUCGUCUCGGGACAAGCGCGUGCACCUGCGCUGGUCCCGAGACGUGUGGAGGAGCCACUGGGAGGUGCAGGCGACCGCCGUAGACAACACCUUCGACGGCGAGACGGAGCAGUUCGUCUUCCGCAGCUUCGCGAGGCCCGGAGAGGACGAGCCCCUGCAGGAGGGCGACGCCGUGGAGAUGGUCGUUCGCUACGCGUCUCCCGACGGCGUCUUCUGGGAUAACAACGGCUGCGCUAAUUACAGGUUCACGUGCGUCAAGGCGGGCGAGGAGAUGCGAGCCGCACGCGUCAAGGCGCUCGUCAGCGCGCCCGAACCCAACGGCUGCAGCCCGAGGUCUUCCGACGCUUCCAACAACGAAGCUCGCCACGAGCACGCCCCGGACGUCGGUGACCUCCGCGGCCGCGUGGGAGCGGCCAUCGGCGGUGGCGGCGGCCACAACCACGAGCCGAGAGGCGACCGUGGAGGCGCCUCCGCCAACGGCCUCUCUGCGGUAGCGCAGCCGGCCCGGUGGGGCUCGGCUGACGAGCUGAGUGAGGGCCUCUUCAAGACGCUCCACGUCCUGCUGCUGCUCGUCUUCCUGGCGUCGCUCACUCGCUUCGGGGUGAUGGAAUGCUGCGCUGCUUAUGCGCUCGCCAUCGUGUUCCUGUACUGCUACGGCGUCUUCGAGAUGCUCAGCCACUAGGCGAGUUCGCGCGUGUGCGUGUGAGCUUCUGUUUGUGAAUACCGGCUGGUCGUGAAGUCCUUCCGAGGGCUUUUAGAGUAAUAUAUCUUUCGCGAGAAGUUAUAUUGAAUAUGUGAAAUAUGCCUUAAUUGUAACUCAAACAAGUUUUUGAAAGCUCAUGCUUUCAUACCCGUCAACUCGACGUUCUUCAUUUAGUUCAUACUUUUGUAGUCCAUCUAUUGAAAACAAUUAUAUAUUGUCAUUUCUAAACGUUUUGCAACAAUUGAAGGUCGACCGGCGAGCUUCGCAUUAUAAAUAGUCCUGUUUGGACUCAUGCCACCUCUUCGGGUGGUGCGGUAUCUCUGUAGAGCCGAGCCCAUGUCCUCUAACACUGCCCAGCGGUAACACAUGCUGAGCGUUCUGCUUCACUCCCACAAUCGUGGAAAUUAAGCAGGGAACACUAACAGUGCCAUCUCAGCAAACUGAAGCAAUCUCCGACAAAGAAACGUCAGGCUUGAACAUUUAUAUUCAUUGAAUGUUUGAAAAUAUGCAUUUGUGUUGCAAACCAGAUGGCAUUAAACCUGACCAUUACCCUGUAUUGACAAACGUGUUCUAAUUGGAGCCGGAAUGACCUUCAGUGGUCAGAAUAACCUUCAGAAUGACCUUUGACCUUCAAGAAAUAAAAUAAAAAUCUGUAUUCGGACGCGUGGAGUUAACCGACUUAAAUAUUACGACGAAACAAUUGUUUCGCUUUCUAAAGUGAAAAGUUAAACUUGUGUUUGACAUGUGACGAGCUGAAGGCAUGCCAGGGAGGAUAAUUUGAGAUGUCUGGUUCUGUAUCAGAAGUGUCAACAACACAUCUUCAUUUCGCCGAGUAGAAUAUAUCAUUGUUCCACAGUACAUUGAACACAAAUGUAUUUCUAGUUGUAGAUUUCAGUAUGCAUCGUCUGCCUCUUUCCUGUCGCCUUCUGGCCAGUUGAGUCAAGAUGCAUUGGUGAGUGAUCAGCAUUGGAGUUGUGUGUAGCUCAGAAAACAUCAGCACCGGAGCAGCAAUGCUCGAUAGAUAAGUCUUGACUUAAAGCUUUCGUGACUACAGGAAUACAUAUUCUAUGGGUCUUUCGGUAAAGCAACGUAGAUAGAAAAAUAAAUAUAUUUUUAAUUAUUUUAUUUUAAAUAAUUUUUCUAUCUACGUUGGCUUUACCGAAAGACCCAUUGAUAGAUACGUUCACCAUUUCGAUUUAAAUCUUUCUUGUUAUUAUGUUUAAUUUUUAUUAUUUUAUUAUUUCCCUUCUACGUUACUUUACCGAAAGAACCAAGAAGACGUGCUCCAUUAUCUACAUUUUCACGAUGCGAUAUGAAAUGUCGCGAUGUGGCGGUUACCGUGAUGUCAGUUUACGGGUUUUUUUUGCGCUUCGUUUUUUGACCCGUGUGGAUAAAACUUUUACUUUAAAGUUAUUACGUUGCAGUUCACUGCAACGUGAGUCAGCCACGAGUCGUAUAAUAAUUGCAAACUUUGCAAUCUGGAAUGCUUAUGAUGAAUAAAGAAGUCAAAUAAACGCAAUAUUCAAUUGCCAUAUAAAUCCCACGCCGUCAAUUGCUCCAAAGAAUAUCUAGCAUUACACUAGUUUAAUAGAUAACAGCUCAUCUAUUUGCAAGUUCAAGAAGAGUUUGCCAUUUCAUAGUUGUUGGGGUUUUUUGGUCAAGAAAUACAAUAUUUCAGAAAAAAACACGAGCAAUGAUAAAUCGGGAUAUGACGAUAUUGAGAAAAAUCGAUUAUCAUGGCUCUCCGCACCUUCGAUGAGCACGGUUGGCUACGUACGGUGCGAAAGAAGUUCAAGGUACAUACGGACGGCUGUUUUAUCGUACGAUGUGUCUCGUGUUGUCGUUAUAUCAUGGCAACCCUAAACAUACAAUCACGUGCUCGUAGGGCAGCAGGAGAGGAAUACGAGAGACGUUUACGCUAUUGUUAUUUGCCAUAUUUGUUCCGGCCAGUAUUAUGUUUAAUUUGUAUUUGAUGGUCGACAAGGGUAAAAGAAAGGGUCUAGGAGUAAUGUUAAUGCGAAAUCCUUUCCUAUAUUCGGGCUAAUGUAACUGAUGGAAGCUUUCAGUUUUGUGCGGAUCAAACGGCCAGUACACAAACCCAUGGCGUGUUUGCGUCCCACACAAAGCCCUUUAACGCAAAGUCAUAUUAAAUAAUCACUUUGCG